UUGCCAAAAACACGACAGCAACGUUUUUAUUUUGAAAACCGGCACCGGAAGUUAUUUAUCGUAUUUCCAGACGCUUCUCAAGAGGGCAAAUUACGUCAAUUAAUAAUGAACAAUUUUCAUCAUUAAGUCCGAAGUUGUUCCACAUUAAUGUUUAUGAGUUAAGUAGCAGCCAGACUGGAUUCGCUCCAAAUACAAUUUUAAAUCUUUUCCGUCUGUAUUUCAUGUAACAGCAGUCAUGUUGGGGGCAGGAGGACACACUUUUAUUUCUUGCUUUCAUGUGUGUUUGUUUUAACUCGGUCCAAAGUGUCAACUGUGUCAACCUAUUUAUAAGCUGGCCGAGCCCUCAGCGGCGGGUCCAGAUAAAUAGUGCGGCUGCUUUGCUCGGUUGUUUUGGUGUCAGUUUUCACAGACCAAAUCACCUUCCUGUACAGCAUACGACUUUGAAAACAAUUAGAAAUGUUGCCCAGAACGCUAAAUCCUGUUCUUACGGGAACCAGUUUGCACAGAGUCAUUUGGUGUUCGAGGCUUCAGUGGCAUUGAUCUUUAGCACCAUGUUGAAACCUGGGUUUGUGAGGCAGCAUCUGUCAGCUGUUCAAUUAAUCUUCUGGUCCAACUGCUGCGGCCUGGCAUGGUGAGGCCAUGCCGCCUGGUCAGACCGGUGACUCAGAUCCCAGAGAGGUCCCUGGUGCACCAGGAGGGCUUACCUAAGCUGCCCGUGCCGCCGCUGAAGCAGACCUGUGAGCGGUACCUGGCUGCUCUGGAGCCCAUCGUGAGCAAAGAGGAGCUGGAACACACCAGCCAACUGGUGGAGGAGUUCCUGAAGGGUGGCGUGGGGGAAAGGCUGCAGAAGGGCCUGGAGCGACGGGCACGCAAAACAGACAACUGGCUGUCAGAAUGGUGGAUGCAGUCAGCCUAUCUGGACUGCCGUAUGCCGGUGGCGGUCUACACCAGCCCAGGGGUUGUCCUGCCUCGCAUGCACUUCCAGGAUCGACAAGGACAGAUGAGGUUUGCUGCCAAACUGAUUGCAGGAGUUUUGGACUUUAAAAAAAUGAUUGACACUGAGACCCUGCCUGUAGAGUAUUUGAGUGGGAAGCCGCUGUGUAUGGACCAGUAUUACCAGAUCCUGUCCUCCUGCCGCAUCCCUGGUCCAAAGAGAGACACCGUCGUAAAUCACGCCAUCGGGAAAACACCUCCCACUCACAUCACUGUGGUCCACAACUUCCAGUUCUUUGUGUUGGAUGUGUACAACAGCGAUGGCACCCCUCUGACAGUAGACCAGCUGUACAUGCAGCUGGAGAAGAUCUGGAACUCCUCUCUGCAGACUAACAAGGAGCCUAUUGGCAUCCUCACAUCGCAGCACCGCAACACCUGGGGAAAAGCCUAUAACAACCUGAUUAAAGAUAAGACAAACAAGGAGUCGGUCCGUGCCAUCCAGAAAAGUAUCUUCACAGUUUGUUUGGACGCCCCGAUGCCACGCGUGUCAGACGGGAUGUAUGGGAGCAGGGUGGCAGCGCAGAUGCUGCAUGGAGGAGGAGCUCGCUGGAACAGCGGCAACCGCUGGUUUGACAAGACAUUACAGUUCAUUGUUGGCGAAGACGGUAUAUGUGGCCUGGUGUACGAACACGCACCCGCUGAGGGUCCGCCCAUAGUGUUUCUCAUCGAUUACGUCGUUAAAUACAUGCAGAGAGUUGAAAUGGUUCGCUCUCCCAUGGUUCCCCUGGCCAUGCCUCUGAAACUGCGUUUUAACAUCACACCCGAGGUCAAGAGAGACAUUGAGAAAGCCAAACAAAAUAUGAACAUAAUGGUGCACGACUUAGACGUGAAGGUGCUCAUGUUUUCUCAUUAUGGCAAAAAUGUACCAAAGCAGCACAAGCUGAGUCCAGAUGCCUUUGUGCAAAUGGCUCUUCAGUUGGCUUACUUCAGGAUGUAUAACACUUGCUGUUCUACUUACGAGAGCGCAUCGUUACGAAUGUUCAAAUACGGGCGAACAGACGCGAUCCGUUCAGCUACUGUAGACUCGUUAAAAUUCGUCCAGGCCAUGCAAGACCCAGCUAAGCAGAACACCGAGAGGCUGGCGCUGCUGCAGAGGAGCAUUCAGACGCAUAAGGAGAACACGUACAACGCAAUCCACGGACAAGCCAUAGACCGACACCUCCUGGGGCUGAGAAUGCUGAGUAUUGAAGACCUGACCUCCAUGCCUGAGAUCUUCAUGGAUACGUCUUUCGCCGUGGCUCAGCACUACAAUCUCUCCACCAGCCAGGUUGGCUCCAAGACGGACUGCGUGAUGUGCUUCGGACCGAUGGUGCCAGAUGGCUACGGAGUGUGUUACAAUCCCAUGGAUGAGCACAUCAACUUCGCCAUCACGGCCUUCAACAGCUGCCAGGAGACAAACGCUGCCAAGUUUGCGGAGGCUGUAGAGGAUGCUCUGUUGGACAUGAGAGCUCUCCUGGAAGACGUGGCUGAGCAGUGACUCCCCCCUCCCCCACAGGAGCCUGGCACGGUCUUUGUGUCUCGCUGGGCUGGACGGGAGCUGGAGCCGAACCUGAUCCCAGAGCCGCUGGCACAAUGCCUGACUGACACUGACGCACAGUGCACUGGGCGGUAGGGGCUGUGGUGGCAGUGCACUGCCUUUGUAAUGAGGAAAAAGUUCUCUGUGAUGAAAAUGCUAUAUUUUAAUAUAUUGUGUUAUAACCUUGUUGUAAACUAUUAACUUAAUUUGCUGACUGUAAUUGUGCAAACAUUUUUUCUUUGUUUACACUUGACUAGUUCUUGGUACAGUCUUCAGAAUGACGCUGUGCUAACCUGACUUAAAGACUUUGAAUCUUU